AUGGGAUUCAGCGAGCCAAAGGCGGUGAUCGAAGAAGCCUCUUCCUCCGGCAGCGGCGGCUGCCGCUCUCCGGCCAGUAUCAAGUCUGCUGCCCGCGCUCGGGUUUCGGAAGAGCAGCAGCAGAAGAAGCAGCAGCAACAGAAGAAGAAGAAGAAGAAGAAGAAGCAGAAGCAGAAGGCGAAGACGGUGAUCGAAGAAGUCUCUUACGUUCCCGGCGGCGGCGGCGGCGGCGGCGGCGGCGACAGAGAUUCUGGCGGUUCUCCGUCCAGCGCCAUCAAAUCUGUGCGGUUCAAGCUAGACAAGGAGACGGAAAGCCCGGCGGACGCAGAAUGUUCUAGCGACCGCGGGACGAAACGGCUGCGACAAGGCCAGGACGACGACGACGAAAACGGUGACAAAGUCGCCGCUGCUACUGCUGCAGUGCGCGAUGCCGAGGAGAGCGACGUCCUCAUGUCGGAGCAAGCGGCGGCGACGAACGGUAAGACCACCUCCAGUAGCAUGAUGGCGAUGCACAAGACGCCCCCGUCCAGGGCCCAACAGCGCGUGGAGGCGGACGAGGCGGCGGCGGCGGCGGCGGCGGUGGUAGGAGUUACGGUGAAGCCCGCGCCGGCCGGAAUCUCGUCCUUCUUCUCGCCUUCUUUGUCCGCCACAGGCGCCGCCGGCGGCGUUAAAUCCGAGAAGAACAGCAAGGCGGUGAAGCCGUCUGCUGCGUCUGCUUCCUGCGGGAACGGCGGCGAGUCUACGGAGGAGGGGGGAGACGCGGGGGCGCAGGCGGGGUUCGUGACGCCGUCGCGGUCGCCGCCGCCGCCGCCGAGCCAUGGCGGCGGCGGCCAAGAGGACAUGGACGUUGUAGUGUUGGCGGCACCAGCAGCAGCAGGAGGCAAGGACAAGCCGACACUGGCGUCUAUUUUCCCAGCUGGCACUUCUUCGAAACCCAGCAGCUUCGGCAAGGGGAAAGCAGCGGCGGCCGUGACCGUCGGCGGGGCGGGCGCCAAGGGCAACAAAGCGGCGGCCACCGGCGGCGGUGGUGGCGAAGCGGCCACGUCGAACCACGGUGCGACGCCCCCAGCGCCGCCGCCGCCAUCGCACCCUCUCCUGGUCAAGUACCGGCAGCAGCUCUCAGAGGCGGUGUCGAGCGCCCGCUCGGCGGACGAAGGGGAGGGUCGCCAGGACCGCAGGAUGGGGCUGCAGGACGCCGUAGACAGCGCACUAGCCUGGAAGGCGGUGGGGGAGAGCGGGGGUUGUGAUGACGGUGCAGCGGCGGCGGCGGCGGCGGCGGCGGGAGCGUUUCCAGAGCACCUGGCCCCUCUCCUCGCUCGCGUGGUCCAGGGCAGCGCGUCGCCUCUGUCGUCGCUGUCCAAGGAGGCCUGCGAGGUGAUGGCGGACUUGAUCCCCGGCCAGGCGGCGGGGCUGACGGCGGAUCAGGUCUCCGGCAAGAUCAGCCUCAUCGCCCAGCGGAAGUGCUACGGCUCUCAACCUCGCAAGGCCGUGAUUCCGGAGGACACCGCACCCGAGGCCAUCUGGCGCUGGGAGGUCGAGCUCGUGGACCUUUUGCCGACCGACAAGGCUGGGGUCGUCAAGUCGGCGCGGAGUGACCGCACCAACUCGGGCCGGCUGGUCAAGGCCCUGGUCCGACUCACGGAGGUCAUGGCCAAGUUCCCCGGCGAUGCCGCCAAGAUCAGCAAGGAGGAGGAGAAGGUGAUGGCCUUUGCCCGGCGUGAGGAAGCCCUCCGUCAGAAGGCCACCCUCAAGGAGGCGGGGGCGGCCAUGCGGGAGGCAGCCCGGAGGGGCAGGGAGGAGGCCAAGGCGGAGGAGAAGCGGGCGAAGGAGGAGGAGAGGCGGAAGAAGCUGGAGCAGAGGCAGGCGGAGAGGGACGCCAAGGACCAGGAGAGGAGACGAGUCAAGGCCGAGGCCGCCGCCGCCGAGGAGGAGCGCAAGAAGCAGGAGGAGGCCAAGCAGCAGCCCAAGAUUUCUCUUUUCAACUUUUUCAGAGUCACGGACUCCGCCCCUUCCCAAGACGCCAAGAGCGCAACCCAGCGCCCAAUCCGGGCAGGCCUGGUGACGCUCCUACCGACAGGGGCGAUCUGCCCACAUGGGGUCGGCAACGCGGGCGGCGCCGGGGCUGCGGGGGCGCCUGCGGGGGUGGGAGGCGUUGAGGUCGGGGGAGGGGGCGGAGGGGGAGGAGACCUGGGAGGUAGUGUUGUUGUUCGGAGGAGCGAGGGGGGGUUCGGGCCCGAAGAGGUUGCGUUGUUUGAGAAGAGGCUGAAGGACGGGGGCGAGCCGGAGGAGCUUCUGGUCAAGACCGCGCGAGAGAUGGGUGAGCGAUCCCUCAAGCGCAAGGCCAUCGCAGCCGCCCUGGCGGGGGACGACAAGGUGGAAGUGGUCCGUGCGAAGAAGAUCAAGGUUAACGUAACCGUGGCGGGCGGCAGAGGCGGCUUCGGAGAGCCCAGCUACUCAGAGACGAAACAGGUGGAGGUUCGCAACCGCAUGAAGCUCUUGCAGUUCCACCAGGACCACCGGCCGCCCUACUGGGGCACGUGGUCCAAGAACAGCAGCCAGGUCACGGGCAGGCGGCCCCUCGGUCGAGACACCAAGGGCACGCUCAACUACGACUACGAUAGCGAGGAGGACUGGGAGGAGGAGGCGCAGGGUGAAGAUCUUCUUUCGGACGAAGAGGUCGAGCCUGAAGACAACCUCGACUACAAGGCAAGGGACCAGGCUGCUGUUGUUGACGGGUGGCUCCGCCAGGACGACGAGUUCAGCGACGAGGAAAUCGACCGCUUCGAUAGCGGCAAGAGCAACAACAACGCCAACAACAACAACAACAACAACAACAACAAUAAUAACAGGAAGGCGUCGGGCUUUGUCGGCGAGGGCGUGACCAUCGGCGCCGGGGCGGCCGCCGCCGUCGCCGGAGGCUCCGCCUCCAACGCGCAGCAGCAGCAGCAGCAGCAGCAACAACAACAACAACAACCGGCCUUCGUCUCUGCGAUCAUGUUCCGGCGUCGACCAAUCAGCGACGAGGAGGCUAGCGAGAGGCCGGCACUGCAGGCGCUCUCUGGCUACCGCGCGGUGACCCCGUUCUCCGGCGGGAACGGCAGGAGGCCGCGGAGCCCCGCGUUUCCGGUGUCGGUGGUGGAGGCCAUGGCGGAGAAGGCCAGGGGGAGUGACACCGGGGAGCGAGGAGAGGCGGGGGCAGGGUCCGGGGUGUUGAAGGAGGAGGGGAAGGUCCGCAAGGUCAAGGACGUGCCUGACGAGCUGCUUCCCCUGCUGGUGGAAAAGCUUCACGGCAAGGCCGACAAGCGGGAGGACGUCGUAAGCGCCUUCGUCGCCGAGCACCCCCAAUGCACCAAGAAGUCGGUCCACCAGAAAGUGAAGGACGUGGCCACCCGCGAGCGAAGCCUCCACGGCGGAACCGUCUUCGUCGUCAACCCGGAGGUCAUCGAACGGCUAGGGGUCGAGACCUCCGCCGUCGAGCUCAAGCCCUCCCAGGCUGAGGUCGCCGCCGCCGCCGCCGCCGCCGCCGCCCUCACGGCGGAGAAGGCCGCCGAAUCCGCUUCUUCUGCCGUCGAUGAUGACGGCGUCAACACCACGCCCGGGAGCGGAACCAAGGGAGUUACCCCGGGGGACAAUUCCCCGCCCUCGCGGACGAUGCCCAAGAUGCUCUUCGGCCCCAAGGCCAAGGACGAGGGCGCAGCGCCUUCGGCGUCGGCGGGAGCGGGAGCCGUAGGUGACGACACCGAAACAUCUGAAGGCAAGGCUGCUGCGGAGGCGGGGGGUAAGGAGAACGGAGACAACGCCUCCAGCAAGGGGGUUGGGGACGGGGGAGGGGAUCCCGCAAAAGAGGUGAGGGAGGAGGAGAAGGAGACGGAGACGAAGGAGUCGCGUAACCCCCUGUGGGCCAAGCCUGGCCCCGAUGCGGACGGUGGAUGGGAGGAGUGCAAGGAGUCGGAGCCCCCCAUGGGCAGGGCGGUGCCCCCGUGCAAGGUCCUGACGCCUUCGAGGAAGCUCCGCCAGGUGGCGGCCGCGCGGCCGGUCCUCUACCUCGGCUCCGGGACCCCGCCGGCGCCGCGCGUGAUCCUCCUCGACGCCAACAGCGACAGCAGCAGCCGGGGGGAGGAGACGAUCAACGACGAGAGCAGUGGCGCAGUCGACCUCAGCGGAGAGGCGGAGGAGAAGGGUAUCGUGGCGGUUGCCACCGAGGUUGAACCGGCGACACCGGUAGCGGCGGCGGCGGCGGCGGCGGCGGCGGCGGCGGCGGCGGCGGCGGCGACGGCUGCCACGGUGACCACCACGACGCGGCUCGAGCGGAUGAUGACGGGAAGGAGCGUCGGGCGCGGCGACCGUCACUUGUCGUCUCCGUCCCGUGGAGCGAUGGCCGCUCCUGCCCCUGAAUCUAUUGCGAUUGCUGCGGCGGGAGGGCAAGGUGGAAAUAACGAGGCGUUGGUAGCGGCGGCGUCGGCAUCGGAUUCUCCCUCCCUGAGCGCGGGUGGCAGUAGUACCGUCAGUGUUGGUAGCUCCUAGAGGAGAGAGGCAUAUGAUAUGGCCAUCGCCGGGAGAACGUUGGCGUGCGCGGCCGCCUCCAAUAGAUAUUGUCUUCCCGUUCCCGCCGGCAGAGCAACGCCGCACUCUAAAUCAAACCCCCGUUCCUUUCGUCAAGGAAUCAGGGCGUGGUCGGCAGUCUAGCGCGCGCGUCAUACCACGCGGCUCGCGGGCCACCUCGCCUUUAGGGAGGGUUGGUAGAAUGACGUUUUAGCCCCCCCGCUUUGGCUGGAACGAGGCAGGUUUGUUCUUGUAGAGGUUUCACGAGGCGUUGAGAGCAUGGCAGGGAGCCAAUUUUUGUUGCACAGGGGGAGGGAAUGAAGCGUCGGUGGUGGGACGGGAGGCACGGUGGCGCGGGGUGUGUACGGGAUCUUGUCAAUGAGGCGUGUGCGGGGAAGGUGCCGUCGCGUUGUGCUUUUCCGGGGCUUUGUGCGGCGGCAUUCAUGGCACAGCGGCCGCUUACUUGUGGUGUUUUUUUUCUCUGUCUGAAGGGCAGAUGUUUCGUAUUUUAGGACAUGAAGCGCACUCACGCACGCACGCGCGUGCAUAAGAGAAAAUAGAGCGCACACACGAAGAAGAGUGUGGUGCUCAUGUGGCGGUCUAGCCCUUUCGCAUUGAUAUUUAACGCGAUACACACGUACCUUUUAGUGUAUUCUCUGUGGCAGUCUAGGAGAUAUUCUCUGUUGGUCGAGCUUGAUUGAUUCGGUGUUUGACAGCUAGCUGUGGGGGGAGAGGUGGGAGGGCAACGGCCGUCGGUCGACUACUGACGACAGGGAUUAAGUUCUGGCGUGCGGUAAGUUUUUCGGCAAAUGUUUGCAACUUCGUUGGGCGCGGCGGGGGGAGUAAAUAGUAAUUUGUUGGGUUUAGUCGAUGGUACUUAUUAUAGCUGGAUUGUGUUGCCGAUAUAAAUGCGAUAGAAAGAGAUGGGUGCGUUCUUAAACGUAACUCACGCUCUCAAGGGCGAUUUGGUCUGAAAGACUCGAUGCGGACUGCCGUGUGUGGAUUCGAGUGCGCGGAGCGUUCUCGAAGAGAUACAUCUCGCUUUGGAAUGCCUGAAACAGAUGGAAAAUGUUUUUUUUGGAAGCCCGUCGUCAUAGGUGUGCUUCCUCGCAUGUACAACAACAUGCACGCGCCGUUGUUUCUUUUUUGUCCAUCGUUCACGCACCAGGAGAUCUUUCGGGAGGGUUGGUGGGUGUAUCUCUCGACGCCCUGACGUUCAUUCUCGGAGGUUCUGUAUUUUGUUUUCGGGAGGAACGAGCGUGGAAUGCCUGGGUACCAGAUGUAAACGUACACACAUUCCCAACUUUCCAGGACUGACCCACUCCCAUUCUAUCCACCGCCUACCCCGGUGGAAAGAGAGAGGCGUCCGUAUGUCUCUCCCUAUGCAUGCAUAGAAGCGACGUUUUUGACUGGGGGGAGUGACGCAAAGUGCACUUAGUUGUGAAAUGUUGUGCGUGAAGGGCGGGCGGGGUUGAGUGAAGGUACUUUUUGGCGAUUCUUCCUCCAGACCUCUUUAUUUGUCCAGCGU